AUGUUAAUUAAAUGGAUUCUUGAGACAAUCAAAUCGAUCAGAUCAUUACCAUCAGGACCAUGGGGAUUUCCAAUCGUUGGCUAUUUACCGAUGAUUAAACAACAUCUUUACCUGGAGUUUGACAAAUUAUCAGCCAAAUUUGGUCCCGUUUUUAGUAUUAAAUUGGGUCAAGAAAACAUUGUGGUCAUUUGCGAUUGGCCUCACAUAAAAGAAGCCUUUACGAAUGAGGCUCUAUUAGCUCGACCUGAUACCGUCUUUUUCCCUGGUAUUAUCGAAGUGCCUUCGCUUACUGAAAUGUCGGGUGACAUUUGGCGUGAACAUCGUCGACUUUCCCUUCAUAUACUUCGAGAUGUUGGCUUGGGUAAAAGUGUCCUCGAAAAUGCCAUCAAGGAGGAGAUACAAUGUUUCCUGAAUGCCCUUGAUGCCGACGGCAAACCAGUCAAUUUCUUAAAGAAAUUGGCCCCAUCAGUGUCAAACAACAUAUCGCUCCUGCUGUUUGGUCACAAAUUCAAUUAUGAUGACAGUGUUAAAAUGAAUCUCGACAAUAGUAUCGAUAUCAUUGGACGACAGUUUUCAUUUGCUGAUAUUUUCAUCUUUUUACCUUGGUUGGCUCGUCUUUUAGUGACAUUCGGUGCGUUUAAAAUGGAUCUAAUUAAAAAAAGUCUUUUAUAUAUCGAAUCAUAUGUACAAAGUGAAAUAGAUUCUCAUGAGAAGAAAAAAUCUGAGGAAAUGACUGAUUAUAUUGAUGGUUAUCUGAGAGAGAAACAGAAACGAGAAAAAAACAACGAAAAUGAACCAAAUUCGGAUCAAGGUUCGAAUAAUUUUAGUUAUGAUAUUUUACGUCGAAAUUGCUUCACAUUUUUCGCCGCUGGCUUGGAGACUCUCCAUUCGACAAUGACAUGGGCGGUAUAUUACCUCCUGAAAACCCCUGAAUUUCAGGAUAAAAUACAAUCAGAAAUAGAAGAGGUGAUUGGACACGAACGGAACCCCGAUUAUUCAGAUCACAGUCGAAUGCCUUUUACUUUGGCCUUUCUCUAUGAGGUACACAGACACUCGUCGAUUGUUCCUGUUAAUUUGUUCAGAAGAGCUUUUCGUGAUAUAACCAUUGGUACUCAUAAAAUACCCAAAGGUACUUCCAUUUUAUUCAAUUUCUGGUCUGUUCAUUAUGAUCCCAGUUUAUGGACUGAGCCUGAGAAAUUUGAUCCAUCGCGAUUUUUAGUCGAAAAUGGUACUAAAGCCGUUAAACCUCCUUAUUUAGUCCCAUUUUCGGGCGGUAAAAGGAUCUGUCCUGGUGAAGGAUUAGCUAAUGUUGAAGCUUUUCUUUAUCUCGUUUCGAUUUUACAAAAGUUUAGAAUCAAAUUAGAAACUGGAACUGAAUUAAAUCCUGAAAUCAGCUUCGGCAUUUCAAGACGACCUACAACUUUACCUGAUAUUAUAUUUGAAAGAAUUAAUCAAACCAAUUAACUCAUUUCAAGGGUUUUGCUUGUAAACUUGAUUAAAAUCAAUUAAUUUUCGAAAAGAGUAUUAAUAAAAUUCAUUAUAACUGAUUGUCUGUUAAA